UGAUGAUCCAUCGUCGCGCUGAAGAAAGUCGUCGUUCAAGGGAGAUUAUUGGAUCGUUGGAUUGUUGGAUUGUUGGAUUAUUGGCGUGCGUGCCUUGAGCUCCGGCAUACGUACUGUACGGAGUGCCAGUCCCCGCAGCAACCGGAUCGGACCAAUCAGCCGCCGCUCCGAAAGGGGCCCUGGAGCUUUCUCACCACGCUCCCCACUAAUUCCAAUCCGUGACUACCUUACCUACUUCUCAGCAAACUCUUUCCCUUCCAUCCUCUCUCUCUCUUCCUCUUCCUCCCAUAAUCGCAGCACGCGCAAAAGGGGCUCAGGAACCAGGAACAAGGGAAAAGGGCAUGGCCUAUCUUCAUCUCGCGCACUCGCUGGCGGAUGCUUUCACCGCUCUUGCCGACGAAGUCCAGGUUCUGACGGACCGAAAGACUGUUCUGGAGCACAAGCUGCGCUUCGCCCAUGAGCAGUUCCAGUACCUCGCCGACAAAUAUGCCCCGGCAGCUCCUGAGAUAGCCGACACGUUGGCCAAGCUUCAGCUCCCUUCGUACACCCCACUGGACAGUUCGCUGCCCGUUCCCCUCCCUCGGUCGUCCGACCUAAAUUCCCAGCAUCAGAUUGCUCUCGUCAUUCGUGACGGGCGUCGGGUGGCAAACCAGCUUGCCUCUCUGGGAGAAGCAAGCAAAACCACCGGCUCUAGCAGAGAUACUUUAUCACAGACGUCCCGUGCCGAGACAUCUAUGUCGACAGCCUUAGAACAAGACUUUACGGUCGAGGGGAAGAAGGGCCAUCUCGGGUGCCCGUUUUCCCAGCCGGCAACAACCAGCGGCUCCGAAGACCACCAAAAUGAUGUACGGGAUCCCACCCCCCACCAGUCGACGGAUCCCAUCUGUGCGGCCAUGUAUGCAGAAUCCACGUCCCAACAAGCUCGUACCAAUGGCUCGUCAGCGGGCAAGUGCCCCAUUCGCUAUAUGGACAAGCACUCGCCCGCAGAGAUUGCACAUUAUGUUGAAACACAUAAGCAUGAGCUGCCCCGCAGCCAUGAAAUUUGUUUACGACGCUAUCAGCGUGACGAAGACCAAGUCAAGAAAAUAGACUCCAAAUAUGGCGAUAUUGUGAGCAUGAUCGAAGGUCUCGGCCAACUGCACCAACCUAUGCUGCCCGAGGCAGACGAAGAACCGCCCCGACCAAGUGAUGUGGUGCAAGAACCGAAUGAAAGGGUUGAGAACUGGGCCCAAGCAGUUAGCGUCAACUCGGACCCAGAGGACACCCAGGUCGAGCCCCCCCAAAUGGACAACGACCGCCAAAACAACUUUGACCGUCCGCUCAAGGAGAUCCGAGUCGGCGAAUCGCCCAGCCGUCCAUGGGGCAUCCAUGUCCCAUCAUACGAACCACUGGGACUUGAUGACGACCUGCUUCUCUCGCCGCCUGCCGCCCCAGUUCGCAUGCCGAGUCCAGUGCCGAGCGUCCGAAGUACCCAGACUCCCACCAAAAAGGCACCUGGGAAAUGCCCCUUUGAUCACACCAAAUUUGCUGCUCUCGGGAUGCCUCCACCACACGCACACCAUGAGGCCCAACCUUCUUCAACCGCACUCGAAACUCCCGACAUGCCGUCUGUCACGCCGAAGGAGGAAGCUCCUCACGACACCUCUGUUCCUCCUCAACCCACCUUCAUCAACCCUGACAUGGCAAAGGGUGGAGGCAACAUGCCCCAGAUGAUAUUUACGGGGCCCGUCUUCAUUGGUUACCCUAUGGACCAGGCCAUUCAGUUCAUGAACCAGUAUCGAGGAAAUCAGUGAAGCUGUUCAUCAUCUGUACUUUUUUAUUAAUUUUUUAUUUUUACGAGGGAUUAUGAGAAUGCAUAAGCGAAGGCGUUUCAAGGAGGAACCACAACUGGGAAGGAAUCCCAAGGACGGAGCGUUGCCACGCUGGUUGAUUUUACAACAUUUUGAUUUCACACACACACCGAUGAGAGAUCAAGAACGGUGCAAUUAUUAGCGACAUGAUAUCCAAAUUGAAUUACA